AUGACGAAGCCAACCAACACGGGCGGAGGCCCCCUCAUAGCCCUCGGUUGCGAAGGCAGCGCCAACAAGCUCGGCAUCGGCAUAAUAUCCCACGACCCAACGACAGGCAAGACCGCCGUCCUAGCCAACAUCCGGCACACCUUCGUAUCACCCCCAGGGACCGGGUUUCUGCCCAAGGACACAGCAAAGCACCACCGGACCUUCUUCGCGCGGAUCGCGCUCGCCGCCCUGCGCGCCGCCAAGGUGACCCCCUCGCAGCUCGCCUGCAUCUGCUACACCAAGGGCCCGGGGAUGGGCGCGCCGCUGCAGUCCGUCGCGGUGGCCGCGCGCACGCUCUCGCUGCUCUGGGACCGGCCGCUCGUCGGCGUCAACCACUGCGUGGGCCACAUCGAGAUGGGGCGCGAGAUCACGGGCGCCACGAACCCCGUCGUGCUGUACGUCAGCGGCGGCAACACGCAGGUCAUCGCCUACGCCGAACAGCGCUACCGCAUCUUCGGCGAGACGCUCGACAUCGCCGUCGGCAACUGCCUGGACCGCUUCGCGCGCACCCUGGCCAUCAGCAACGACCCGGCCCCGGGGUACAACAUCGAGCUGUUGGCCCGGAAGGGCGGCGCCGUGCUGCUCGACCUGCCGUACGCCGUCAAGGGCAUGGACUGCAGCUUCAGCGGGAUCCUCGGGGCGGCGGACAUCCUGGCGGCGCAGAUGCGCGCGCAGGACAAGAUCCUAGAGACGGAAGGCCCGGGCGCCCUCAAGGAGGGCGAGACGCGCAUCACGCCCGAGGACCUCUGCUUCAGCCUGCAGGAGACCGUCUACGCGAUGCUGGUCGAGAUCACGGAGCGCGCCAUGGCGCACGUGGGCAGCGCGCAGGUGCUGAUCGUGGGCGGCGUGGGGUGCAACGAGCGCCUGCAGGCCAUGAUGGGGUCCAUGGCCGCCGAGCGCGGCGGCAGCGUCUACGCCACCGACGAGCGCUUCUGCAUCGACAACGGCAUCAUGAUCGCGCACGCCGGCCUGCUGGCCUACGAGACCGGCUUCGUCACCCCGCUGGCCGAGAGCACGUGCACGCAGCGCUUCCGGACCGACGAGAUGCUGAUCAAGUGGAGGGAUGAUUGA